GGACGACAUUAUGUGACCCUUAUGUCACUGCUGGGUGUCUUCAAGCUGCACAGAGUUGGAGCGUCAGACGGCAUGCUACAGACAUACGUGACAGAAAGUGACCAGCUCAGAGCUGGAAAGCCUUUCACGCCAACCUGCAGGCACAUCAGUUUAAAGCUCGGAUGCAUUUGUGUCUUGCGGUUUAUGGCCGGGUUAACCUAGUCGGUAUAGGGAGCGAGGAUUUGGGUGUUUGCGCGACAGCUGGAGCGCUGCAGUUGAGGACUGUUUGUGUGCCCCAGUUGGAGGAUGAGCUCAGUGCAGAGGGAGAGAGGCAGCGCGGCGAGCUUGUUCAGCUGUGCGAGGGCUCCGAGGGUUAAAUCCUGCCGAGGCUCUCUCACACAAACACUGCGACCGUGGGCUCGUUCUCACAUACACACAAUGAGCCAAAGAUGCCUGGGGUCAGGGCUCAGGUCGCCGGCUCGUGGUUCUCACACUCCGAACCAGUAUUUCAUCCCUGCCUGGGUCUCGGUCUCAGGCGGAGUCACGGCGCUUAGAGUGGCUGGCCGCUCCACUACUCCAUCAUCAUCAUCAUCGUCAUCAUCACUGUGGUCAUCUUUCCGCUCAUCAUCUCCAUUAUUGAAGUAUGAGGAUCCAUGCAGUCCAGUUACUGAAAUCAUCAGACCUUGGCCGCCAUAGUCUACUCUACUUAAAAGAAAUCGGACAUGGCUGGUUUGGCAAGGUUCUGCUGGGUGAAGUCAGCGCAGGCCUCAGCACCACCCAGGUGGUGGUUAAGGAGCUGAAGGCCAGCGCGAGUGUCCAGGAACAGAUACAGUUCCUGGAGGAGGUCCAGCCUUACCGAACACUCCAGCAUCCUGCACUCCUGCAGUGCCUGGCUCAGUGCUCCGAGGUCACUCCCUACCUGCUGGUCAUGGAGUUCUGUCCUCUGGGCGAUGUGAAGAGCUACCUCCGAAGUGGUCGGGAGGCUGACUCCGAGACUCCGGACCCUUUGAUCCUCCAGCGAAUGGUGUGCGACAUUGCAUCAGGGCUUCUUCACCUCCACAAGCACAACUUUGUACACAGUGACCUGGCCUUAAGGAACUGCCUGCUGACUUCACAAAUAUCAGUAAAGAUCGGUGACUACGGGCUCUCCAAUAGUCGAUACAAGGAUGACUAUUACAUAACGCAGGAACAGAUCUGGGUGCCUUUGCGCUGGAUCGCACCUGAGCUCAUAGAUGAGGUCCACGGAAACCUGCUGGUUGUUGACCAAACCAAAUCCAGCAACAUCUGGUCACUGGGAGUGACCAUGUGGGAGCUGUUUGAGCUGGGAAACCAGCCGUACGCAAACUACUCAGACAGACAGGUGCUGACGUACACCGUGAAGGAACAGCAGCUCAAACUACCCAAACCACAACUUCAGGUUGACCUGGCUGAACGCUGGUAUGAGGUGAUGCAGUUCUGCUGGCUACAGCCAGAUUUGAGACCCAGCAGUGAGGAAAUACAUCUACUGGUCAUGUACUUGUGUGCCAAAGGAUCCAGUGAGGCUGAGGAAGACUUUGAACAACGUUGGAAUGUCUUGAGACCCAACCUGCUUGGCAGCACCUCCCACACAGCUUCAUCCACAGCCAUGGUGCUCAGCCAUGCUGAAAUCCCCAGUGCAGACAAAACCCAGGUGGUUGAGCUGGCCUCUUCUGCCACUUCCUCCUUCCCCCUCCUGGAGCACUUCUCUGACAGCUUCCACUCCGACACAGGGGAUGACCUUCUGACUGUCACAGAAACUAGCCAUGGUCUCAACUUUGAGUACAAGUGGGAGCAGGCCCGAGCUGAGCAACCAUACUGCUCCUCCUCCACCAGUGGCCCACUGGGCCAGGGAAACCCACACUACCAGGAUAUCUACUAUUCAAACAAACGAGGCACCUCAGGCGGGUGUAAGAGUGACAGCCUGGGCUCAAGCAUCUCCCCAUCCUGCUAUGAGCCAGAACACCCGGGUGUGGUCCCAGUGUUGAGUGCACAUAGCCCCUCUGUCAGCAGUGAGUACUAUAUUCGCAUAGAAGGACCAGUAGAGUGUAACAUUAACUUGGAUGAUAAUGUGGUCGACUACAGCCCUGGACUGGAGGCCAGCAACAGCAAGUUGUCCUCUGUGAGUCGGACUGUUUGCUCUACUGCAUGGCCCAGUGCUUACUGGUCAACUGUUGACAACACCAAACAUUCUAUCUGUGACACAAGCCCCACUGUCCAAAUAACCAUGGAGCCACUGCUGAGACAUACAUCAAGUACCAGCCCUCCAAACAUAGGGUACUCCCACAAUUCCUCAUUGUAUAGUCAGAAAGUAGGUGGCAGCCUUGAGCACACAUCCACACACAAAACUGGUCUGCAACCUCGUAUCUCCAUACACAAGAAAUCACCGGAGUCCCAGACAAUAGAGAGGUUAGAACUCCCACGGAGUUUGUCACAAGCAGUCAGUAGUCCCAGUUUAGGGUUCUGUGAUCCCUAUCUUGAAGCUAGUUCAGGUCACAGCACAGUUAAUGAAUCCUUCCAUAAUAUGACUGGUCCCCUGAAAAAGACUAUAUCCACUGUUAACCACAUUAGCAUUGAUGUGGAGAUUGAUGAAGGCCUGUUGGUUGUCCAGAAUAGGGUUGGAGAUGCAGAGGGAGACACCACUCAUUGGACCUCAAACCAUUCUGCCAACAAUAAUAGCCUAAGUGCUGACAACAGGCAGGGUGGCUAUUUGGACCUUCAACAUGCUCCUCACGCUAAUACAUCAGAAUUAUGGAAUUUAACCAAGGCCACUUCCAGAACCUUCCACACUUCCAAUCCUUGUGCUGUAUUAGUCAAUGCAGAAGGUGUGAAUAGUUAUAAUGCUGCUAGCAAACCCAAUGAAUUAGGGUGCUACAUACAAUUGUGUCCCAAAGAAAGACUUGAAACUGAUGGCCAAAUGGGAAAUUUAAAUUCAAAUAAUGUUGGAAGUAUCAAUUCUUGCACCAGCUCAAGUACAAGCAACAGAGAUGCUGAACGUGAAGCAAUGUUUGGAAAAUAUGACAAGAAAUCACUGCUUAAUGGGGAAAGGUUGAAUUCUGAGCCUAAGAUGGUACCAGAGAUGAGAUAUAUCAAGUCUCCAUCCUCUAUGAAAGAGAUGCAGACAGUUCAUAAGGGAGUUGUGUCAGAGAAGCAAAGACUGAAUACCUGGGAGGUACCCUUGCUUAUGCAAGAGACAAAUGUUUCAGGGGGAAUUUCCACUGGUCUGGGAGAUAACAGAUUAAACCACACGGAAGCAUUAGAGAACAGUGAAAUUGGAGUCAGGGAGUCUGGUAUAAGCUUCCUUGAGCUUGGUGACUACAGUGAGGAUGAUGAUGACGACAUCACAGAUAUUACAUCAGGAAUCUUUGCUCAUUUCAACCUUGAUUAUGCUGAGGUAGAUGAAGAAGACCUGAGCCCAGAAAAGAAUCCCAGUGGGACUCCUGACUCAGCACACACCCUUGAUCUGUCCUCUUCCAUGCCAAGCCCAAGUGACCAGGCCUUCAGCCCUGAUCCUUUCAACAUCCCAAUCCUGCCCAAGUCCUUGGACAGUGGUUACGAUACAGAGAACAAUGAAUCCCCAGAGUUCAUCUUCAAAGAACUUGGGGAUCCAAGAGGUGGCGAGAGAAGCUCUAGUGUAAAUGGAGAGCAUGAACUGGUUCUGCAAAUUGGUUUGGGUGAAGGGCUCCGCACUUCCACAGCUGAGCUACAAAUAAAGAGCCUGAUUAAUAAUAACAUUUGCAGAGACUCUGCAUACUUCUCUGAUUAUGAUACUGAAAAUGAGAAGAGUCCUUUAGAGAAGGGUAGUAAGUUCUUCACAACUCUAAUGAACCAUGAGAUACAUACUAGAAAACUGAUUUCAACCAUGAAUGGAGAUCCUAUCAAAAGUAAGAUCGGGAAUAAGGAACAAUUAACAAAUCUGCAACACAACAAAUGUCAUGUGGUGAUGAAGCACACAAAGGCUGACUCUUGUUCACCUUGUGCCAUUGUCACCCCUGGGCUGUCAAUGCUAUCACCAUUUCCUCCAGAGAUGGGUGGCUGCCUCACCAAAGAGUCUGCACACACAGAAGAUGACCUCGGGUUGGAGACUGAGCACUCCAGUGAAGAACAAUCGAUAGAGUUUGUGUCUGAACCAUCGUCCUCUUUGCAAGAGGUCUCAGCAAAUCACGAAGAAGAGAACAGAGGAUCAGAAGACUGCUCCUCUCUCCAAUCCUUGGCAUCGGACUCUGCUUUAAACAACUACUUAGAUGAGACCUCGAAAGAGAAUGAGAACCAUGAAGGAUCGACUGAAGAGGAGGAGAUGCCUGACUUUGUUCAUGUCGUGGAGGAGACAGAGGAGAAGAGGGAUGGCAUGAGAAUAGAUGGGGAAGAUUUUGAGGACAUCGAUGCAGAGGACUCUGACUCACAGGACAGUUCUUGUGAAGAAUCUAAUGGUCCUGUUGACCUUUCAUCGUCUUCCUCACUGCUGGAGCUGUGCGGCGAGGACGUAAGAGCUCCAUUGGAGGAAGCGGAGGAUGAAGACAACUCAGAUGACAGUGAAUCUGAUGAAGAACUGAGGAGCUACAACAUGCAGGGUGAAGAUAGCGAAGAGAGUGAAGAAGACUUCACCGCAGUGCCCGUGGUGGUAAGUGACUGCAGCAGGGCGAGACACCUCCGCAGCCUCCUCAAGAUGCCCACUCUGCUCACUCAGUCCUUCUGUGAUGAGUUGGAGAGGAAGAAGAAAGCCGUGUCUUUUUUUGAUGACGUUACAGUCUUCCUGUUUGACCAGGAGAGUCCCACGGGAGAGCUAGCUGACUACAACUUGUCCACAGGAGCAGAGUCUGCUGCGGAGGAAUCUUCAGAAGGAAAAACAACUGAGUUGCAACCUGGGUCUGAGGUUGAAAUUCAGUCCUCUGAAAUGUGCUGUGCUUCUGAAGAAGAUGGAAACAUCUCUGAAAAGGGUACUGGUUAUGUAUGGGAAGAAGACCUGCUGUUUGAGCCUCCAACAUCUGCACAUGACACAGUCGCUGUGCCCAAAUCCUCAUCCACGUCUCCAUCCAAGAGUCCAGUGGCUCAGAAACCUGCACCUAUAGCACUUAGCCGUUUUAUGGUCUCACGCUUCUCCAUCACUCAUGUCUCUGACCACCAUGCAGGAGCAGAAACAGGAACCAGUACAGAUGAUCCAAAACAUUGAGCCCCCCAAGUGGUCCUGACUGGAGGAGGUCAAGUUCUGAUCCUUCUCUACACAGAAAAUCAUUAUUAUUAUGACUAAAUGUUUUACAGAGUUCUUUUAUAUUGACCUUUGGGGCAUCUGACCCUGGUGACCCUUUAUGAGACAGUACCUCCUACUGUGGUGAAACCCCUUGAUGAUUUGCACAUUUUCUUUUUAUUCUAUAGUGUCUAAUGGCUGCAGGUCCGGCAGCUUGAGUCGUGCAACCACAUGGUGUGCUGAAAUGAAAAAUAUCAGUAUAGAAAUUUUAAUAUAAAUUAAACAAUAACCUUUGCUCAGUGCAGCAUUACUUUACACUGGUGACCUAAAGGGUCAUUUAAUUUCUAAGAUUCAAAAUAUUCAAAAUAAAAUAAAUACAUAAAAGUUCACUGCUGCUUCUCUCAUUAGCUGCCUUGGUCCUUCUGCUAGUCAUCAAAUGGAGAUUUUUGAAGACUGUUAAAGAACAUUUCUGUUUAAUAGUUGGUGCACUGGAGACUGUGGUGAAAAACAAAUUAUGACUUAAGCAGGCGGCAGCUGUGGUGGUGCUGAACAUUUGUCUCUCAAUCCAAGUCUUAGGCUCAGCAGAAGAAAAUGCAGUUAGGACUGUGAUGAAGCAAACAAAAUCGGUGUUCACUCCAUCACCACUCACUCACUUCUAAAACCCUCCCUGUCAUCAAACUGGGUCCAAAUUUUAAAACUGAAGCCUCUGUAGACAAGGAGUGGAAUUCAUCUCGGUACAAUAUCAAUAUGAAUC